AUGUCAGAUUACGAUAGUCCUGACGGUGAUUUAGACCCAGUUUCGCGUAUUGGCAUAUACAAUGGACCUCGAAAUGAGAAAGGUCAAAGGCACGGUUUUGGUGAGGCCACGCUAAGAAAUGGAGAUGAAUAUGUCGGCGAAUAUUGCGAAGGCAAGAGGCAUGGAUUUGGAAAAUACAAAUUCAAGAAUGGAGCAAGGUAUUGAGAUUGUGUUCUAAUUGAAAGAAUUUGAACUGUUCGUUGAAAAUAAAUUGGCAACAUACUAAAAUUAAAGAGAGUUUACAUAAUUAUGUUCCCUUGUAACUAUAAGAGCCAAUUGAUCCUUUUCAUGGCUCCAUAUAUAUACUGUGUAAUUGGCGCCAAUCCAGGCUUUUUGAAACCCAUAGCUAUACGUAUAUACAUUAGACUAUGAGCCAAACCUCAUGAUUUUUCAACUUGCUUUUGAUUAAAUCCGCUAAAACUGCUAAAACUAAUGCAGCUAGUAUUUGCAAUUUACACUGUUUGAGGAUUCUAAAGCUGAAAUAACUCAAAAUUAGUAUUUUAUAAUCGGAAUAUUUAAUUUUCUGAAGUUUUUUAUGGUUGUAUAAUCUGUACUUUGCCAUACACGUACUCGACGAUUCAUUGUUUUGACAUAUAUCAUGAUAUUAAUUUAAUAAUCAAAUUGAACGACUAUUCAACCUAAUAUUUAUCCUCGAGAAAAAUUAAACAAUUAUUUCUGUAAAUUGGGACUUUAAGAUUGACGCUUACGGCAAUUAAUUUCGACACCUAAAAUAGGUUAAUUUACACCUCCAGUUUAGUGCACAAGUUUGGUUUCCCUAUCUUAGAACGGCUAUAGAACAAACUUAUAGUUGCAGGGAGAUAGAACAAAUUUUUGAAUGGUUUUGUAGAUCGCAAAUUUUAUACCGUUAGUUACACUUAACCUGCAGCAGUUGCGAAAAAUGCAACUAUAACCUUACUGAAAGGAAUUGAAUCUGGUCUAAUAAAUGCAUAUAUAUACAAAUGUGGUCUAAUAAUGUUUAGUUCUAAUAAUGUAUAAAAUUUACACUUGAAAAUUUACACUUUGGUGUAACUCAUUUCGUAUUAUCCCAGGUAUGAAGGCCAGUAUGCUCGUGGAAUUAAAGAAGGCAACGGAAUAUUUAUCUAUCCAGAUGGAUCCAAGUAUGAAGGGCAAUGGCAAGGUGGAAACCGCAGUGGGCAAGGAAAAUAUACAUACGCUAAUGGUGACUGGUAUGAGGGGGGAUGGAAACAAAACAUGAAGGACGGACAAGGAGAGUAUUAUCACAAACAAACUGAUACAAAUUAUAGAGGUACAGUAUAUGCUUUCAAAUGCUUUUUCCUUUUCUUUUGAGAUUAUUAUUCUUUCAUUUCAUUUCUAAAUAUUGCUCUUUUUUAAUUAUUCCAUAUUCUGCAUCUAACAAAAUCUUUGUUCUUUUGUUAAUUAAUGUGUUUAAUUGUCUGUCCAGUUGGAUCCAAAACGCGUUUAGAAAAUAUGGUUAUAGAUUAAAUUAUAAAUUUGUUUAAUUAAUGUGUUUAAUUAUCUAUACGCAUGGAUCCAAAUUGCCUUUAUAAAUAUGGCUAUAAAUUCAUUAACACUUCAGAAUUACUCAGACCAAUUUGAACUAGGGACACGCACAUUAUGCUGGAAUUUCUUUUAGAAUAAUAGCGGAUUUUUUCGAAACCGAGAAUAAUAGGCAAAAGCGCGAAUACUAUGGAAACGUGUCUGUAUGACGUCAUCGUGCCAAGUAACGCAAAUUCCGUAAUUAGCAUAUGUGCCAUCCGCCCAUAGACUGGCGCCGGGCCGUGCAUGUGUGUACCGUCUCUGAAGUCUGAAUACAUCGUGUACGUAGAAGUUUGGACUAAUAACUUUAUGCAAUAUUUUUUUCUUUAACCAUUAUGAAAAUUUCUAAUGAAAUGAAAAUCUUGACGAAAUUUCCAGCCCCACAUCUAUUAUAUUAAUAAAGUUCUUAUUUUCUUCUGCACUUGGUUCGACUUGAUGUGGAAUAAUUUUGGGUAUAAUAGGGGAAAAUUUUAGGAGUAAUAGGAUAAAGUCAAAGGAAUUUUGGAAUGGAAUAAUGGGAACACUUUCGAGCAUAAUGUGCGUGUCCUUAAUUUGAACGUGCGGUACUUCUCACAUGAAAGAUGAGGUUGUUUGCUAGAAACGAUGCGUUAGGCCAAAACUACUGCUUAAAAAUUGAAACCAUGGACAUUUGAUCUAGCUGGCUAAAUAGAAUCAAAGUCUGAAUUAUAUUAUGAAGUUAAAUACAAGAUUUUUUCUUUGUUUACACAGGUUCAUGGUCAUCGGGAAGAAGAGAAGGAGCUGCGAAUGUAACGAACAAUCACUACACCUAUCAAGGAUAUUUCAGCAAAGACAUGCCACAUGGUCCAGGUAAAAUGUCUUUCCAGGGAUGUCGACAACAUGGUGAAUAUAUUAUGACUGAUAUAUUCGUAAGGAAUAACGGAAUGCUAGAAACGCAACAGGAACCAAUAUGGCGGUGUACUUCAUUGGAGUAUUCCGGAGAGAAUGCGCCUGUUCGGCAACUAAAACCUACCAAAUAA